CAGGGAGGCGCGCGCGGGGCCGGGAGCGCGGUAUGGGGAAGAGCCGCGAGAUGCGCCUGACUCACAUCUGCUGUUGCUGCCUCCUUUACCAGCUGGGGGUCCUGUCGAAUGGGAUCGUUUCAGGGCUGCAGUUCGCCCCCGACCGCGAGGAGUGGGAAGUCGUGUUUCCUGCACUCUGGCGCCGGGAGCCGGUGGACGCGGCCGGCGGCAGCGGGGGGAGCGCUGACCCGAGCUGGGUGCGCGGCAACCUAGAAAGUAACUUAUUCGAAUGGUAUUUCAUCCAUAUCUUUUUAUGUUGUAUAUUCCAGAUGGGAUUUAUACAGCUUAAUGAAGACUUCAUGUUUAUUGAACCACUCAAUGAUACAAUGGCCAUAACGGGUCACCCACACCGUGUAUAUAGGCAGAAAAGGUCCAUGGAGGAAAAAGUCACAGAGAAGUCAGCUCCUCACAGUCAUUACUGUGGUAUCAUUUCAGAUAAAGGAAGACCUAGAUCGAAAAAAGUCACAGAAAGUGGAAGAGGGAAACGAUAUUCAUACAAAUUACCUCAAGAAUACAACAUAGAGACUGUAGUGGUUGCAGACCCAGCCGUGGUUUCCCAUCAUGGAGCAGAUGCAGCCAGGAGAUUCAUUCUAACCAUCUUAAAUAUGGUUUUUAACCUUUUCCAACACAAGAGUCUUGGUGUGCAGGUCAAUCUCCGUGUGAUAAAGCUUGUUCUGCUCCAUGAAACUCCAGCAGAUCUCUACAUUGGACACCAUGGAGAGAAAAUGCUAGAGAGUUUUUGUAAGUGGCAGCAUGAAGAAUUUGGCAAAAAGAAUGAUAUACAUUUAGAGAUGUCAACAAGCUGGGGAGAGGACAUGACUUCAGUGGACGCAGCUAUACUUAUAACAAGGAAAGAUUUCUGUGUACACAAAGAUGAACCGUGUGAUACUGUUGGUAUAGCUUACCUGAGUGGGAUGUGUAGUGAGAAGAGAAAAUGUAUUAUUGCUGAAGACAAUGGCCUGAACCUUGCAUUCACAAUUGCUCAUGAAAUGGGUCACAACAUGGGCAUUAAUCACGACAAUGACCACCCGUCAUGUGCUGAUGGUCUUCAUAUCAUGUCUGGUGAAUGGAUUAAAGGACAAAAUCUUGGUGAUGUUUCAUGGUCCCGAUGUAGCAAGGAAGACUUGGAAAGAUUUCUCAGGUCAAAGGCCAGUAACUGCUUGCUACAGACAAACCCCCAGAGUGUCAAUUCCGUGAUGGUUCCCUCCAAGUUGCCAGAGAUGAUGUACACAGCUGACGAGCAGUGUCAGAUUCUCUUUGGGCCUUUGGCUUCCUUUUGUCAAGAGAUGCAGCAUGUUAUUUGCACAGGGUUGUGGUGCAAGGUAGACGGUGAGAAAGAAUGCAGAACCAAACUCGAUCCACCAAUGGAUGGAACUGAUUGUGACGCUGGUAAGUGGUGUAAGGCUGGAGAGUGUACCAGCAGGACCCCAGCACCUGGACUCGUGGCCGGAGAGUGGAGCGCGUGGAGUCCCUGUAGCCGAACCUGCAGUUCUGGGAUCAGCAGUCGAGAGCGCAAAUGUCCUGGGCUAGGUUCUGAAGCAAGGGAUUGUAAUGGUCCCAGAAAACAAUACAGAAUAUGUGAGAAUCCACCUUGUCCUGCAGGUUUGCCUGGAUUCAGAGACUGGCAAUGUCAGGCCUAUAGUGUUAGAACUUCGUACCCAAAGCAGGUGCUUCAGUGGCAAGCUGUCCUGGAUGAAGAAAAACCAUGUGCCUUAUUUUGCUCUCCUGUUGGAAAAGAACAGCCUGUUCUUCUAUCAGAAAAAGUGAUGGAUGGAACUUCUUGUGGAUAUCAGGGAUCAGAUAUCUGUGCAAAUGGCCGGUGUCAGAAAGUUGGCUGUGAUGGUUUAUUAGGGUCUCUUGCAAGGGAAGAUCAUUGUGGUGUGUGCAAUGGCAAUGGGAAAUCGUGCAAAAUCAUUAAGGGAGAUUUUAAUCACACCAGAGGAGCAGGUUAUGUAGAAGUGCUGGUGAUACCUGCGGGAGCAAGAAGAAUCAAGGUCGUGGAGGAGAAGCCGGCACACAGCUACCUAGCUCUCCGAGACACUGGAAAACAGUCUAUUAAUAGUGACUGGAAGAUUGAACACUCUGGAACAUUCAAUUUAGCGGGAACUACUGUCCAUUAUGUAAGACGAGGCCUCUGGGAGAAGAUCUCCGCCAAAGGUCCUACUACGUCGCCUUUACACCUCCUGGUGCUGCUGUUUCAAGACCAGAGUUACGGUCUUCACUAUGAAUACACUAUCCCGUCAGACCCUCUUCCAGAGAAUCAGAGCUCGAAAGCACCUGAGCCCCUUUUCAUGUGGACACACACGGGCUGGGAAGACUGUGAUGCCACGUGUGGAGGAGGCGAAAGAAAGACAACGGUGUCUUGCACAAAAAUCAUGAACAAAAAUAUCAGCAUUGUGGACAACAAGAAAUGCAAAUACUUAACCAAGCCUGAGCCUCAGAUUCGCAAGUGCAAUGAGCAGCCGUGCCAGACAAGAUGGAUGAUGACAGAAUGGACCCCAUGUUCACGAACUUGUGGAAAAGGGAUGCAGAGCAGACAGGUGGCCUGUACCCAGCAGCUGAGCAACGGAACCCUGAUCAGAGCCCGGGAGAGGGACUGCGCUGGGCCCAAGCCGGCCUCCGCCCAGCGCUGCGAGGGCCAGGACUGCAUGACCGUGUGGGAGGCAGGCGUGUGGUCCGAGUGUUCAGUUAAGUGCGGCAAAGGCGUACGUCAUCGGACUGUGAGGUGUACUAACCCUAGAAAGAAAUGCGUCCUCUCCACCAGACCCAGGGAGGCUGAGGACUGUGAGGAUUACUCCAAAUGCUAUGUGUGGCGGAUGGGUGACUGGUCUAAGCCUGCAGCAUACAGGCCCUGCCACCUUCAGCCCUGCAAUGAGAAGAUUAAUGUAAAUACUAUAACAUCACCCAGGCUGGCUGCUCUGACUUUCAAGUGCCUGGGUGAUCAGUGGCCUGUGUACUGCCGGGUGAUCCGUGAGAAGAACCUCUGUCAGGACAUGCGGUGGUAUCAGCGUUGCUGUGAGACAUGCAGGGACUUCUAUGCCCAAAAGCUGCAGCAGAAGAGUUGACCUCUAGCAGGCUGGCUGGCCCACAGCUCUUUGCAAUUACAUUAUUUAUAAACACACACACUAGCAUGUUUUUCAGACCAAAUAUUAUCAGAUUACAUAUAAUUUAAUCAAAUUAAUUUAUUUUUCUUGGCCUGCCAAACAUCCAAUAUGGUGUUUGUUUUGGCUAUACAAACAUUUUGAUUUAUACUAUAUGGCUUCAUAAAUAAUUUUAUAUAAAUAAGUUGGAUUCAGUUGCCGGAAUAAAAAUAAAAGGGAAAAAAAACCCCGAGAUCUUCAGACUUUAAAGGAAAAAUAAAAACUUUUUUUUAAAGUUAGGGCUGUCUCUAAGGUGCUACUCUCUCCCCAACAAUGCCAUUGAGUUACUCAGAAUGUAUACUAACUUAGCAUAAUAGUUUAGUUUUAUGUGGAGAGAAGUCAUUUUUGGUUUUUGGUGUCCUGGUGCAGAAUUAGCCCAUUUUCUGUAAUCUGCAGGAGAUGUGUAAACAAAGCAAACCUCAUAGUGUUGAACAGGUUUUUAGAGAAUGUAUUAUGUAUUUGGUGCAGAUUUAGAGCUAUCCAUAGGAAAAAUUCUACUGUAAUUAUAACCUUAUUUUAAUAAUGGAAAAGGAAAGUCAAGAUGGAGACUUUGAUCAUGUUCAUGAACAUGUACUUGAACACAAGUAUUGUAACAAUGAAACACUGUAAUGACUUAACACUGAAUCACCAUUGCACUGUUGAUAUCGUGUAGAGAAACCGUUAUAGAAAUGGUAACAUCCUACAGAAAUGUGUAUUAUUUUAACAUGUUGUCAUUAGAUAUUAGCGUUUUAAAAUAGUUUGAACAAAGAAAGCAUUGAUCCACCCAGUUCCUUAUAUCUUUUUAGCAGAUUUAUAAAAGAGUGUAGUACUUAGCCUCACAAAUGAUAAUGGGAAAAUUUACUAGUUUUCAGCCUUUUCCCUAGAAACAAGGAAAAACAAAAAAAAAACUGAUAUUACUGUGGUAGUUUCAUUGUGUUUUUUUUUCUUUUUAAAAAGUAAAAAGUUUUACAGUUCUGUGAAACGUUUAAAAAACCAGCUUAAAGGUUUUCUUGUGAGAAAAGAUUGUACAUGAUUCACAUGAUUUCUUAGAUUUUUCAAUAAAAUAUGUGAAACUUCCUGUCGGGAGGCAAUUCUUCAUGAGUCUCUCGCGUUUCCACAUGUCCUGGCACCGUCUGCUUUUGUUCUGGACUAUCUUCUGAAGGAUGUUUGUAUAAUGAACAGCCUUGGAAGAUAAAGACUGUGUCUUUUUUGGAGCAAAGGACUGACAAGCUUAUUUCUCAUUAUUAAAGUUUCAGGUUCCCUCAAAGCGGGGUCUCUCCCCGUAAUACAAUUCCCUGCAUGUGCAGGUACCAGCUGGCUCUCUUCACGUCACCCUGUGGGAUUUGGGGCUCAGGGAACUGUGCAAGGAAAUGCUGAUUCCCUGGCUUCUGCUUUUACUGUAAGUAACAAAGUCCUUUGUCCCUAACCCGGGAGUUUCUGUCUUCUGCCCUGACAGGUGGCAGGCUAACUCAGUAGAUGGUAAGUAGAGUAAAACCUCAGAACCUGCACAGUUCUUGACACUUCCCUCAUUAGUAUUGUCACCUUCAUUUUAAUAUGGGGAACAUUUUAUUUCUAGAUGGUCCCUUGCUGUGUAUAUCCUUUAAUUUAGUUGCUGGGAUAGAAAGUUAGCCAGUAUCAGCACAUUGUAUGUAAGAUACUAGGGGAAUAGGGGAAGGAAAAAUUACAUAGGAAGAGGAGACACUCUUAAUCCAUCCCUUGAUUCCUGAAUCCAUGGAGCGAUGUAGAAAUAUCACCAUUUAUUGGUCAAUGAAUCAGACCACGUAUAACAUCUUAGAGGCCCUCCCAAAUGUUUUCACCCAACUCAUGCCAUAAUUGAAUAUCUGGGGGGUAAAAAAGAUGUUGCAUCAUUCUCUUAGGCUGUCUGUUCAGGGUGAUGGGGAACAUGGUAAUACCAGAGUUUCAUGUGAGCAUGAACCCACUGCUACAUUUUAUUUGCAGUAAUAUGAAUUCCCUGAAUAGAAACAAUACCGUAUGGCAUACCCUACUGCUGAACAAGGCAUUUGGCAAGUUCAUGGAUGGUAUUUUGGCAAAAACUUUGCAGGCUGGGGAGGCAAAUGCAUACUCGGGGUAAGUGACCAUUUCCGUGAGAACAAACCAUUGUCUUGUGAUAGAAGUGAGCUGAUGUGAUCACACUGCAAUCAAGGUGUUUUGACUGGAUUGGCAAGGACUUGGAAGGAGUGGGAACAUGGUUUGAAAAUUGGUAACAGAGAAGUUUGGAGGAAAAGGUAUGUAGAUAAUUUAUAUUCCACUUGACUGCUCACCAAAGAGCAGCACCCUCAGGAGAGAGGACGCAGCCAUCAGGUGGAUAAGAUGACAGGUUCUGUGUAUGCUGACCAGUCUCUUUCAUCAGCCACCUUUGUCCUUGCCCAGUGGGCCCAGGAACAAAGACAGUGGUGGCAGGUCUGGAGAUUAUGCAUGGAUUCAGCAGCGUGACCUUCCACUCACCAGGGCCAGUCUAGCUGCAGUCACUGCUGAGGGCAGCCUAAUGAAAGCAGAGAAAGUAUUAUUUCCCAGUAUGUUGCCGUGCUAUGGGAGGACUGGCCUACCACCGUGAUGGCAGUAUGAUUAUAUUAGCUCACGGCUAUCACAGAACAGUGGUUUGUUCUCACAGAAAUAGCCACGCACCCUGAUUUUGCAUUUGCCUCCCCAGCCUGUAAAUUUCUGCCAAACUCUAUCCUUGAACUUGCCAAAUGCUUCAUUUGCUGUUAUGAUUUUCCAUACAAUAUUGUUUCUGUUCGGGGAAUUCAUAUUACAGCAAACAAAUGUGGCAGUGGGCUCAUGCUCAUGUAAAUGUCUGGUAUUACCGUGUUUCCCAUCACCUUGAAGCAGAUGGCCUAACAGAAUGAUGUAAUGUUCUUUUUUUUUCAGUAUUUGGUUCCAGCACCAGCUGGGUGAAAACAUUUUGGAGGGCCUCUGAGAUGUUGUAUAUGAUCUGAUUCAUCGUUCAAUACGUGGUCAUAUUUCUGCCUAGAUUCAUGAAUUCAGGAAUCAAAGAAUGCAAUUGAGAAUACCCCCUUUUCCUGUGUAAUUUUUCCCUCUCUCAUCUGAUUAAGUUUGUGAUAAUCCAGUGUAAUUCUCCCAAAUCUGUCUUCUGUAGAGGAAUACAGGCCAAAAAAAAAGAAAAGAAAAGAA